AUGUGUCGAUCGUUAGUGAUAGUUGGACUGUUGGUGACUGCGGUGUGUGGAUUACCGGCCAAGGAUAACCUCCAAGAUGAUCCUGUCACGGAAAUCCUUCCGGAAAUGUCGGAUACCGAAUUUCGCAAGUUUGCGGAAAGCCUUGGAAUUCCAGUUGACACUUUGCCGACUUUGAGUGAAGCAGAUCGAGCUCUCUUUGCGAAAAUCAGUGUUGAAAAUCAGAAAACUCCAAAAGCGAAGGAGGCGAACCGAACGACGACGGAAGGAUCUAAGGAUGGGCUGGAAAUGUACAAAACGUGGGCAGAGCGUCAAAUAAACGCACAAGAGGAGGAAUACUUGGAGUACAAAAAAUGGGCGGAAGAACAGUUUGAUUCGAUGGAACGAAAAGUGGAGGAGAUGGAAAAGGAGAAAGAGUCGAGGGAGAAAAUCAUCGGGAAUAUUCAAAAGGGCGAAGGAAACGAAGGAGCAGAAGAGAGUCGCAUGAAAGAGAUGAUCCGCCGGAACAAGGAGAAGGAACGAGAGGUGGAACAGGAACGUACAAGACUGAAGAAAGUGUACGAGAGUGAAAUUAAAUCGCUGGAAGAUAAGUUGAAGAAAGCAGAGGAUGAAUUGUUGCGACAAAAGCUGGAGCAAGAAGAAAAGGAAGAAACGAUUAAGCAAGAACGUCAGAAACGUGAGGAACUGAAGAAGGAACAUGCUGAAGCGAUUUUAUUGAAAGACAUGGAAGUAAACAAGAAACAAGAACUGUUGAUUCAGGCUCAACAGCAGUUGUCAUUACAGGAACAGAAGUGCCGGAUGAAGAUAGAGGAGGAACGGAAACGCAUGGAGGAAAAAUUGGAAAGUGAUAAGAAGAUAGCGGAGUGGGAACGUCAGGAGCUACAAAACAGAAUGUCACUCGUACUCGAGUCACAAAUUGCGAAUUUGAAUAGAAAGCAAGAAUCGUUAGCGAGAGCAGAGCAAGAAUUGAAAGAACAGAGUAAGAAAUAUGAAGAAGAGAAACGACGUUCUGAUGAAUUGAUGAAAGAGGUCAAGAAACAGGAACAACAAAAGAGGGAACAGCUGCUAGUGGAGCAUGUCAAGGCGAUUCGGAUGACUGAGGAAAAGUUGGAGAAGACGAAUCAGGAGUUGGCGCAGAAGGAGUUGGAAAAUGAACAGGAUCGGGAAAAUUGGAAACGUGCUGAACACGUGAUGCGGGAAAAUAUGGAAAGCGAACAGCGGCGACACGCUGAGCUCGUCAUCGACAACGAUGAAAGAAUUCGGAAGCUGCAAAAUGAAAGGCAGGAACUCAUCAGGUUCACCGUCGCCUGUAGAAGACUGAAGAGUUUUUAAAAAAACUUUUCAAACAUAUUCACACAGAGUCGGUUUCCGGAUGAAAUAUCACAUAUUUUUCCAUGACUGAUUUCAACCUAACUUUUUUCUAGAAAAAAACUCACUAUUUUCAUGCACAUUAGUUGAAAAUUAUACAUCAAUAUGCCUCCGUUGUAAGUUAAAAUGGAUCAAUUUUUCUUUCAGUAUAAUUUUG